GGUUAGGUUGAGUCGCGUCGUCGUGGUUGUUGGGUUGUUGGUCGUCGUUGAAUUCGACGAUACGGGAAACCACGGGAAACCGCCGCAUAAGAUAUUUAAUUUUCAUUUGUUCGCAAGGUUAUGUCAUCCAUGAUUCCCACGUGACGUUCGAUUGUUAACGAAUUUUAGCCACAUACAGAAAUGGACACGUAUGAUUUGUUCAAAAAACUUUCGUCCGGCGUUAAAUUCGACAAGAAUCGAUUUCGUUCUGAUGCCGAGAAACUCGGUUUGCAGAAAAGAAAGGAUAGCAAAGUAAAAAUUAAGAAUGAACCUUUGGAUGAAAUAUCAAGCCAUGUCAGCUCCAAUAAAAGAAAAAAUAUCGAUGAAAAUGACGAUUUUGAGGAGAAAAGCAGUGACGCGUUAGAGACAUUGACUCUGCUCGAGGGGAUCACAGUCCCCUCUGAUGCAUCUAAAAUCAGUAAAAAGAAGAAUAAAAAAAAGCCAUUGAGUGAGGAUAAGUUGGUGCAACAAGAACAAGAAAAAGUUAAUAGGUACAGGAACCAACAUGGAAUCUCUGUGGUGGGUCGUCACAUUGCUAAACCUAUACAUACAUUUGCUCAACUCUCCGAGGUAUAUGGCGUCUCUAACGAUCUGAUAGAAAAUAUUAAAAAUUGUGGCUACACGGAUCCAACGCCUAUUCAGAUGCAGGCUAUGCCUGUGAUGUUUGAGGGUAGACAAAUAUUGGCUUGUGCUCCAACAGGCUCUGGAAAAACCGCAGCAUUUCUCUUGCCGAUUAUUCACAGAUUGGAAGGACCUAGAAAAUUGGGCUUUCGAGCAGUGGUUAUAAGUCCCACAAGAGAAUUGGCCAAACAAACGUAUCGGGAGUGUGUCAGGUUGAGCGAGGGUCGAGGUUUCAAAAUUCAUAUUGUCAGUAAAGUGAAGCAAGCCCUUGAGAAAUACGGUCCAAAGAGUUCACAGAAAUUUGAUAUUCUCAUCACAACGCCGAAGCGUCUGGUUUUUCUUCUGAACCAGGAUCCUCCGGCCAUAUCAUUAAAAAACGUAGAGUGGCUGAUCGUCGACGAAGCUGAUAAACUUUUUGAGGAUGGAAAACGUGGCUUUCGGGAUCAGUUGCAGAGUAUUUCGACGGUCUGCACCAACGAUAAACUCAUUACCGCAAUGUUCAGUGCAACGAAUACACCUGUAGUUGCCAAAUGGUGUCGGCAUAAUUUGAAGGGUCUUAUUAAUGUUACUGUCGGACAGAGAAACGCUGCUGCAGCAGAAAUCGAUCAGGAGCUAUUGUUCGUCGGUACUGAAGCAGGAAAACUCAUCGCGUUGCGAGAUAUUAUUAAAAAAGGGAUCUCGCCUCCGGUGUUGGUCUUCGUGCAAAGCAAAGAACGAGCUCGAGAGCUCUUGAACGAACUUAUUUACGACGGUAUCAAUGUUGAUGUUAUUCACGCGGAUAGAACCCAGAACCAGCGAGACAAAACAGUGCGAUGUUUCAGAGAAGGAAAAAUUUGGGUUCUCAUAUGUACGGAAUUGAUGAGUCGAGGCAUAGAUUUCAAAGGCGUUAAUCUUGUGAUAAAUUACGAUUUUCCCCCGUCGGCGAUCUCUUACGUGCACAGAAUUGGUAGGACCGGAAGAGCGGGUCACAAGGGAAAAGCAGUGACAUUUUUCACGGAGCAUGACACGACGAAUUUGAGGAGCAUCGCCACGGUGAUGAGGGCAUCCGGUUGCCAAGUCCCAGAAUAUAUGCUCGCGAUGAAGAAGCACAGCAAACGAGACAGGAAGAAACUCGAGCGUGAGACUCCGAAACGCGCUCCAAUAUCGACGCUGCCGAAAUUUAAGCGGAGAAAACCGAACCGGCCUGGGAAGCAAGACGAAUGAAGUUCUCGCAGCUCAUCGAGUCUGAAGAAUGUCGACUGGUCACUCGCACUUUACGAGGUCUCCGCUUUGUGGGUAAACACGGCUGCUAUGGCAAUUGCUUUUUAUCACGUCAGCCCUACGGCUGGUUACCUCAUCGUUCCUUACCUCGCUUGGACUACACUCGCAACGGCUCUCAACUACGCUC